AUGAGUAAAGUGUGGCUUGAUGUCCAUUAUAGAGAUCUGGGGUUUGAUGUAUUGGUUGAUGAUACUGACAGUAUAAGUUUAAUGGACUUGUAUGAGUUUAUGUUUGAGGACUCUGUUAAGCAAAAUGUGAUCCUUCCAAAGUACUUUAGUUUGUAUGUACUGCCACCUAUAACUAAUAGGAAGUUGGAGUUGUGUUCUGAUAGGGAUAUGCUGAAAAUGUGGGAGUGGUUUGGACAUAAGGAAACAAUAGUAAUAUAUUUAGAGGAAAAAGAAAGUCCUAGUCUGGUGUUUAAGGGUGCUGAGGAUAAUUGGCAAAAAAGGAUUAAGGCCAUGGCUGAGAAGGCUAGGUUAGAAGCUGAAAAGGCCCAGGCUGAUAGAGAGUUAGAGGAACUGGAACCUUUUACAGUUGCAGUUGAGGUUCCCGUUGCUAAUGUGGAUGGGGGAGAGGAUGAGUAUGUAAGAGUGUUUGAGACUCCAUUAGCUGAUGAGGUUUUUCCUGGGAAAUCUCAACCUAAGCCUGAGCAAAAUACUCAACCAUCUAGCCAACACUGUCAACCAACUUCUCCUCUCAACCAACCCAAAACCUCAGGUGUGAGGAGGAAUAUGACCCCAAGGAAAAGGAAGAGAACACCCAAAAAAAAGCCACCACCUCAAACCACCUCACCAGGUUAAACCACCUCACCACCUCAAACAACCUCACCACCUCAAACUGACAACCAAAAUUUCCAAACUGACUCACCACCUCAUUCACCUGAAGCACCACAUUCACCUGGACCACAACCACCAUCACCACCUCUUUCACCUGAAGCACCACAAUCACCUGGACCACAACCAC